CUGACGUAUUUUAGGAAUUCAGAAAGGACCACACUGCAGAUUGUAAAAGAACUAAAAUUGCAAUUUUAACAACAAAUUGUGGGUUUCACUCGGGAAAUGUGCAACUAAAAGGCGUUGGGUUGACGGGCAAUCGACGCAGGUCACCAAACACAGCAGCAGCAGGCAACCAGAAAGGCGUGUGGGUGGCAUCAAACAAAGGGGCGAAUCAAAACAAAAACAAUUGCGCGACAAAAAAUUCCAAAUAUCAUUAAAUAUUACGUAGCUUCAGUUAGUUAAACGCUGUAAGGCCAAUAACAACAACUCGAGUGCGGUGUCCUGCAAAUAGUUAAACGGUCGAACCAGAGGCGAGAAGCGCAACAAAGAGGAUAUUCAGCACCUCCCCAUCCGACACCCACACUCACGCACGCACACACAUACGGCCACCAUGAUGAGCCUGCUCGGUCGCACCGACGUGGAUGCGGGGGAAGUGUUUGUCAACUUUAACCAGAACAUAACUUCUCUGGCCGUAGCUACGAGCGGCGGCUACAGUCUAUACAGUCUGGGCUCCGUGGACUCGACGCUGGACAAGAUCUACCACACAAAGAGCGAUGAGCUGCUUCUUAUCGAGCGACUCUUCGAGAGUUCCCUGGUGGCCAUCGUUUCCCAGAGUGCUCCCCGGAAGCUGAAGGUGUGCCACUUUAAGAAGCAGAGCGAGAUCUGCAACUAUUCGUAUGCAAACUCGAUUCUGGCGGUGAAAUUGAACCGCGAGCGCCUGAUUGUAUGCCUGGAGGAAUCGCUGUACAUCCACAAUAUUCAGGACAUGAAGGUGGUGCACACCAUCCGGGAUACGCCAUGCAAUCCGCAGGGUCUGUGCGCCCUCUCCUCAUCCUCGGAACACUGCUAUUUGGCCUAUCCGGGCAGCGUGACCGCCGGCGAGGUCCAGAUCUUCGAUGCCAUCAACUUGCACGCCAAGACCAUGAUCCCCGCCCACGAUACACCGUUGGCUGCGUUGGCCUUCAGUCCCUCUGGCACGGAAAUUGCCACGGCCAGCGAGCGCGGUACUGUGAUUCGGGUGUUUAGCUCCCAGGAUGGCAGUCGGCUCUUUGAGCUGCGACGCGGUCUCAAGCGAUGUGUGUCCAUUGUUUCGUUGUCGUUCAGCACGUGCGCCGAAUAUUUGGUAUCCAGCUCCAACACGGAGACGGUGCACAUCUUCCGGCUGGAUCGAAGCGCCACAGAGACGGCCGAGGGCCAUGGUGGCAAACAGUCGAGCGACGACUGGAUGGGUUACUCGUUUUUUAGAUUCUUGAGCAAAACGGUCACCAGCUACCUGCCCACGCAGGUGACCGACGUGUUUAGCCAGGGACGGGCGUUCGCAUCGGUUACUCUGUCGGAGGCGGGAGUUCGCAGGAUGUGCGCCAUAACCACGAUACAGAAGCAGCUUAGACUGCUAAUUGCCUCGCAGGAUGGAUACCUGUAUGUGUAUUCCAUACCCGCUGUUGAGGGCGCAGAGUGCCAGCUGAUAAAGAGGCACGACCUGCGAAUGGAGGAUCACUAUGCCAUGGAUAUCAAAGUUGAUUCACCUCAAACUUUAGGCCUUAACAGUGGCGUGAGCAUUGGCGGAGCAGCAGGCAUUCCGCCGGGUGGAGCAGGCAGUGCCGGAGGUAGCAGCGAUGGCAAGUCAACGGCGGCGGCUACAGCCUCGUCUGGCGGCGGUGACAAGCCCGGUGGCUCCUAUGCGUCGGCCGUGAAGGGAGACGAGCCAGCCGGCGGCGCCUCCAACUCCGCCUAGAAGGAUGAAGAGAUGCAGAGAUGUUGGUAAAACGAAACUCACUCCUCAAAGUACUAAGGACGAUGAUGCUAAAGUGAUUGCGAUGAUGCUUGGCGACUGGCGAUGACGACGAUAGUGAUGAUUUAGCGACGGUGGCUCUGUGGCGUCAAGCGUAUUUAAGUAAAUAAAAAUAGGUCAUAGACUUAAUUUAGAUCUUAACGUUGUCAGCGACGAUUCUUCCUCGUUUUUUGUACCAGCAACGGCAACAGCAACAAUUCCUUUGUACCGCCUCUUCCUACCCUCUACCCCCGAAGCAAUUUUUUAGUUUUAAGCCCUCCCUCCUCCGUUCGGAUUAGGAAAUGCUUUUUGUCAUUACACUCCUAAGUUAGUUGUUAAAUAAUUAAUUUAAAGUGAUUUAUAUAGAUUUUCUUUGAUAUUUUGAGUUGCCUGCCUUUUUAUAUCAAAAUAAACAACGGCCUUUGCAAAUUACAUUUA